AGCGCAUUGAAUGAGUCUCCACUCGCUUACCGCGCGCUGUGCUCGCGAGUCCGGGAUGCUUGCCCAGGCGGACUUUGGAUAUCGGAGAAUUGUUGACUGCUAUUACGGGAUUCUGCAUGAUCUGAUGGCCUGCAGCUGAGUCUUGGGUCGCUACGAAUGGCGGACUGCACAGAUGCUAUCGUCAACAAGCCAAGCGCAUGGCUGAUGGUCGGAACCCACUUCUAUUUGCACAACAACGAACAGGUGGGUUGCUGUGGCACGUAUAUCUACAUCCAUCUGCCUCGCCAUUGUUAUCUUUUGCUAUCAGCAUCUGCACCAGUCGCUUUCACACAUUCGCUCACUUGCCGCAAUCGCCUACACAGCGAUCACUGUUUAAUCUUCGAAAACUCCCAAAUACAUAAUCAAGAUGCACUUCACCACCAUGGCGCUCGCUGCGGCGACUCUUGCUACUACUGCUCUCGCUGCUCCAGCACCAGAGCACCCAAUCUGGAGAAACGAGUGGAAGGGCCAGGGCUACGGCAAAUGGGGCAAGGGCAAGCAGAACGCACCUCAGCCACCCACUCCAACAUCGCCACCUACCACUGGCACUGACUGCCCUGCGCCUGCGCCAACUCCAUCAUUCUGCUUGAACGACGAGCAGGCCGCUGCUGGUGCCGAGAUCUUCCGCCGCCUCAUUCAAGACUACUCUGACGAGCUUGCCCUCGAGGCUCUCACCGAGGACUUCAUCGACUACUCUUCUGCUGUCAACAUCAUCCGCAACCGUGGUAACGCUGGUCCUUUCGUCGUCAACGAGAUCUCGUUCGCCAGCCGUGCAGCUUUCAUGGCCGCUCAAGGAGCACAGCCACUCAUCCCAUUCGACACCCUCAACACCUAUCACGGCUGCGAUCACGUUGCUACUCGCUGGCAAACUCUCCGCUCUGCCAAUGGUCAGCCAACUGAGUCCAACAACAUUCCUGUCGUCGGUAAUGGUAUCCUCGUCGUCGUCCCAGACGCCAACAACACCUACGGUUUCCGUGUCAAGGAGCUCUACUCCGAGUUCAACGCCGCCGCAUGGCUCGUCAACAACGGUGUCUUCACCCCUUCGGCAGUCACUACCUCCAACUUCCCCGAGGCCACUGCCGGCCCAGCCAAGCGCGACCACGAGUCCCUCGCCCACCUCAUGUCCGGUGCUGGCCGCAUGAUCUAAACGACUUUUGAGUGUGUGACGACAUGACGGCAUGAGUUUUCGCGACAACGAGACAUGGUUGUGGUUCAUCAAAAAUUAUAUUGCAUCACUUGGCGUUUUGACACUCGGGCAGAGCUCCGGCUCGCUUUUUACAUUGUUUGUUUAUGAUCAGCAGGCAUGAGCGUUUUCAGCUCGCAUUGGCCGCAUUUUCCGUACGCAGAUAGCAUGUGUUAUGAUAACUUUGACUUCUUCUCCAUCAAGUUCGCAUUCGUUUCUGCUUGGUUGACUUUCACUUGCAUAUGUAGUCUUACCAAUGCGCCCAAAUCCCACGACUCGCAAUCUCACCAACAUGUCCAUCUGGAUCAAGGAAAUACACGCUAUAGCCUCCCCGUGGCCAUUCCAUCUUCCCGUGACAUUCUACACCUUUUUCCUUCAAAUAUUUCUCCCAUUGUAAUGCUUCAGCUUUGGUUUCUACUGCGAGACAAUAAUGUUGUCGAAGCUGUUCUCCGCCUUCG